AGCCACCUGACUUGUGACUAUUUGCUUUUUGGACAAAGGCAGAUAGUGGAUUCUUUCAUACGGCCUUAGCUUCACCCCUGAGUGAUGGGUGUGAUCCCUGUCCCCGCCACGUCAAGUUGCAGGGGAGGUGGCGCUCUGUGCGGCCCAAUCAGAGCAUAAUGCCAGAUGACUGUAUCCCAGUUGGCGCACCCCCGGCAUCCAGGAGAGUGGUCAGAGUGGAGCUCGCCUGCGGCAAUCGUCCUGAAGUCCUUUGUCUCUCUCGGGCUCCCGUCUACCCGCCCCGCCUCCGCGCUCCUAUUGGCCGUAGUCCGGGCCCGGGGAGGACGGAGAGGGAGCGAGUGGGCGGAGCCGCGUGGCGUCAGCGCAAGAUGGCGGCCUCGGCUGCACUGUUCUCGCUCUUCCGGAGCGGUCUUCGGCUGGGCGCGCGGGGACUGUGCACGAGGCUGGCGACGCCGCCCCCGCGGACCCCAGAGCAGGCCGCAGAGAUUGGGAGCCGCGGGGGCACUAAGGCACAGGGGCCACAGCAGCAGCCGCGCUCAGAGGGUCCCAGCUAUGCCAAAAAAGUUGCACUCUGGCUUGCUGGGCUGCUUGGAGCUGGUGGGACCGUGAGUGUUGUCUAUAUCUUCGGAAACAACCCUGUGGAUGAAACCGGUGCCAAGAUUCCUGAUGAGUUCGACAAUGAUCCAAUUCUGGUACAGCAGUUGCGUCGGACAUACAAAUAUUUCAAAGAUUAUAGACAGAUGAUCAUCGAGCCCACCAGCCCUUGCCUUCUCCCAGACCCUCUGCAGGAGCCGUACUACCAGCCGCCCUACACGCUUGUCUUGGAGCUCACUGGCGUCCUCUUGCACCCUGAGUGGUCGCUGGCCACUGGCUGGAGGUUUAAGAAGCGCCCAGGCAUUGAGACCUUGUUCCAGCAGCUCGCCCCUUUGUAUGAAAUCGUCAUCUUCACUUCAGAGACGGGCAUGACUGCAUUUCCACUCAUUGACAGCGUGGACCCCCAUGGCUUCAUCUCCUACCGCCUAUUCCGGGACGCCACGAGAUACAUGGAUGGGCACCAUGUUAAGGACAUUUCAUGUCUGAACCGGGACCCAGCUCGAGUAGUCGUCGUGGACUGCAAGAAGGAGGCCUUCAGCCUACAGCCCUACAAUGGUGUUGCCCUGCGGCCCUGGGACGGCAACUCUGAUGACCGGGUCUUGUUGGAUCUGUCUGCCUUCCUCAAGACAAUCGCACUGAACGGUGUGGAGGAUGUCCGGACCGUGCUGGAGCACUACGCCUUGGAGGAUGACCCUCUGGCGGCUUUCAAACAGCGGCAAAGCCGGCUAGAGCAGGAGGAGCAGCAGCGCCUGGCCGAGCUGUCCAAGUCCAACAAGCAGAACCUCUUCUUCGGCUCACUCACCAGCCGCUUGUGGCCUCGCUCCAAACAGCCCUGACCACUGGGCCUCUACAAACUCAGUGCCUGGGUCCAGGGCCCCAGGCCCCAGUGCUCCCAGACCAAGGCUUGGGCAGCCACGUGUCCAAUAAAUUGCAUCCAGACUCCACAA